UUCAACAGAAGAACAAGGCUGCAGAAUUCCAAAUAUUAACCCUUUUGACAAGAAUGCCAUGUCUUAUUUCAUUACAAUGGCACCCAUGACUUGUGAGCUUAAAGCAACGUUGUUUACUAGAUACCUGGAUGGGUAUUUGAAGGUUGUCAACAGUCACGAUAGAGGAGCACCUUUGAGGAGUAUUUCAGUUCAAACUAUCCACAGAAAAAACGCCUCUGAUUCGGGGUUCACUUUGGGAGAACCGACUCUUUUAAAGUACAAAGGCCCAACUUUGAAACUAGAACACGACUUUCUACAAAUCAAUGCCGAGUUCUCCAACGGAAUGAUUCAAAAGGAUUUUCAUGCACAAGUAGUCCCGAAACGAGAGGUCUUGCAACGAAAUGCCCUACAGGAAACUGGUUUACCUUUCAAUGUCAUAAUCCUAGCAUUAGAUCAGACAUCACAGGCAACUUUCCAACGUCUCUUACCAGAUUCGUUCAAGUUUCUUCGUGAUGAGCUCCAGUCCUUUAUAUUUGAGGGAUUUUCUCUUGUGGGAGAGGCGACCACACCCCAAAUCACAGCGCUAUUUACUGGCAAGACUGUGGAGGAGAACUGUAAAUUGCAUGAAGCACGGAUUGGAUUUGACGGCGCCAAGACUUUAGACGAGUGGCCAUUUAUUUUCAACACCUUUAAGGAGCAUGGAUAUGCUACGAUGUUUAGCGAAGAUGCACCAUCAAUUGCAACUUUCAAUAUGAGACUCAAAGGUUUCAACAAACAACCCGCAGAUCACUACGCGCGUCCCUUUUGGUCAGCGGUACCGCACAACUCUGACAGUGGACUUCAUCCAUUCUGUAUCAAUGCACAACCGCAGCACGUUAUUCAGCUUGAAUAUCUGAAAAGCCUGUUCAGAGCUUAUCCCCAGACGCUUAAGUUUGGAUUCACCUUCGUGAGCAGUUUGUGCCAUCAUGAAUCGAUCAUGCCACUUGGAUCAGCCGCUAAAGACUUUGUUACAUUUUUCCAGGCCAUACGUGAAUCUGGAUUUUUGAAUAACACGAUUUUUGUUGUCAUGGGAGACCACGGGGCGAGAACGGGGGAGUUCCGAUCCACAAUUCAGGGGAAACUAGAGGAGCGUUUGCCACUUCUAUCCAUUACACUUCCUUCCAAAUUCCGUUUAAAGUAUCCAGAACUUGUGCAGAAUCUCAAGCUCAAUACAAAAGUUAUUACUUCACCUUUAGAUCUACACGCAACCUUUAUGCACGUAUUAAAAUACCCUGCCGACCCAUCAAAUUCUGAGCUUACCCGAGGGACAAGCCUCUUUUCAGCGAUCCCUCGAAAUCGAACAUGCCAAGAUGCUUUGAUUCCCGAGUACUUUUGCCCUUGUGUCCGGUGGUUGCCUAUAAAUACCAGUCAUGCGCACGUUCGCAUAAGUGCAAUGCGCGCCGCUGACUACAUAAAUAAUUUGCUCGUGGAAGUUGGUCAUCUUUGCGAGAAACUAUCAGUGAAUGACAUAAUAAGCGCAUGGCAGGAAAUGUCCAGCAUUAAAGUACAAACUUUUAAUGGCAUUGAGAACGGGAUGGGUUUAGGAUUUGGUAAAGCAAAUUUUGAAUCUACGUCGACACCCAGUGAGUGCACCUACCAACUUAGAUUUCGAACAAAGCCGGGCAAUGGAGAAUUUGAGGCAUCGGUUAAAAUUAUUGAGGGGAAAUUUAUCGUGAGCGGGCACAUCAGCCGUAUUAAUAUCUAUGGUUCUCAACCGAACUGCAUCAAGGCUUCACAUCCGCAUCUUAGAAAAUAUUGUUACUGCAGCCAUCAAGGCUGAGGGCUUGUCUCCCUGCAUGUGAUGAUUGUAACUUGCAUUUCACCAGCUGCUCACUCUGUAUAUGCUUUGAUAGAUAGCACACGCGAUGCAUAGCGCCGAGAAAUCCAUUGUUUUUCAGAAUAUGAAGAGACUGUUUAGCGUAAAAAUGCAUUUUGAACUGAUGCUACAUGUGUUUCUUGAUGCUUAUUUCCGCAGUUACUUUACCGAUCCAGA